AGACUUCAUUAAAGCGUAAAAGUUGUAAUAGCCGUAGAAUCAUAGAUUGGCAUAUUAUUGAUGAACAGCUGUUAGAGCUUUGCACUUCGGAGUUGCCAUCUGCUGAUUGUGAUUCCAACAUGUUGAUUACUUUUUGGGGCAUUGAAGUAGAUCUAUCAUAUGUACAAGGACGAAAAUUCUGCUGAUUUUCCCAAUCACGCGCUAAAGCCUAAUUUAAGUACCAUCUGCCUAAAGGGUGUGGAUCAGGAAUUUUAGUAGUCAUUAGAUACAGCCAAAAAACUGCAUGCUUGCUCAACAUGCUUAAGCUUUAAGGUUGUCUUAUGGAUGGCUUGGAGAGAACAUUAAGGUUGCAUCUAGUUAAUUUGUUCUUAAUUAAUUUCGUGUACCACGAAGAAUCUAUUGGUUUUCUACAAGUAAUUUGUUUUAUUUUCCCAAUCACGUGGAAUGGAGAAUAUUGCAGACUGACACAGCAUCCGUACUAAUGGAGGCCAUCGGGUAUAUCAAAUUCCUUCAAAACCAAGUUGAGACACUGAGCGUCCCAUAUCUAAAGUCGUCGCGCAACAAGUCCAGUAGAACCGUGCAUGGGGGUGCUGUGGAGAACGGAGGUGAAGAAAGAAAACGAGAUCUCCGAAGCCGAGGGCUGUGCCUGGUGCCAAUGUCGUGCUUGUCUUAUGUGGCUGACGGUGGCGGGGGCGUCUGGCCGCCGCCUAGCUUCGGUGGUGGCACUUGAGUUAGAGGCCUCCGCCUCCAUUUGGCAGCGGGCUACUAUUUCAAAUCGAAAAGACAAAAUUAGGCGGGGGGCAACUGGGCAAGGCAGUGCUGCUGCUCAAUCUUUGCCCAACAUUUUGCGUUGAUGCAUGUUUACUUCCACCUUUUGACUGCCUUUGUGAGAAUGAUUGCAAAUUGCAAGCUUUAGUGGAGCAAAUUUGGUCAUUCUGAAACCAAACAGCAUUGAAAAACAAAGCCCAGGAUGGACCAAGUUUGAUCCAUUAAGAGUCAAUAUAUGAUUUGAGAUUUAACACUAGCUGGAGUGGUGUCCAUGAUCCACCUUCAUGUAAACUAGUUUCUAGUUUUUCUAUUUAUUUUCUGAAAUAAAUGCCUGCUUGCCUUUCGUACAAGAA